AUGGUGGGAAUCAAUAAACUUGAGGAUCUAAGAUUGCAACAAUUUGACACGAUGAUACCGAAGCUAUCACCAAAUCAAGCGGAAUUCCUACUUCGGUUCCACAGAGAUCUUCAACGGGUGCGAAUUGACACUGAUUUGUGUUCGGGCGAUGCCAUCAAGUGCAUUCAGCGUUGUUCAAAUGAGACUGUCGCUAUCAAGAUUCUAACCAUUCCUCAGGAACAGAAACACAACGGAAUUCCAUCCACCAUUUUGAAUCACGUCUCUAUCCUCAAAGGUUUAAACCAUCCCAAUAUCGUCAGGUUGUUUCAAAUUCUGGCUACCGAGGAAGAUGUGUAUCUUGUUUUUGAUCAUGUUAACCUAAAUCUUGAAAGAUACAUCACCAAUCCCAUGAUUAGCAUUGCCACAUUUGAAACAUCUAUUCUAAGUCAAGCUCUUUCUGGAUUGGCAUACCUCCACUCUCACAACAUUCUACACACUGAUAUCAAUCCUUUUAAUGUUCUCAUUGAAUACCACCCAGAUGAAUCUCCUGUAGUGAAGCUAUGUGGUAUUCGUGCCCCCAAAACUUCUCUUCAUGCUCAUCCUAGCUAUACAGCACCUGAACUUUUGAUGGGCUCAACCAAUUACUCAACUGCAGCUGAUAUCUGGUCUAUGGGCUGCAUAUUUGCUCGCAUCAUUAAGCGCCAACCUCUCUUCAAUGAUAUAGACAAGCUUAGGGUAUUGGCUGAGAUUUUUUGUUUGUUUGGUACACCAACAGAACAAACUUGGCCUGGCGUCUCUUCUAUAUGCAAUUUUAUUCAAGCAUUUAACCCUCCAAUACAGCCAAAGGACCUAGCUGAAGAGUUCCCAAGCCUCGAACCUGCUGGUCUUGAUCUUCUUUCGAAAAUGCUUUGCCUGUGCCCAAAUGGCAGGAUUUCAGCUUAUGAAGCUCUUGACCAUCCAUAUCUUCGCCUGCACCCGCGCCCAAAUGGCAGGAUUUUUCUUCACCGUCCAUGCCUUCGACAUUGA